CCGCGGGGCGCAGGCGGGAGCGCGAGGAGGAGCGCGGCCGCCACCAGCCCUCCGCGGCUGCUGAGCCACUGCGGCCGGGCCGCCCCCUGCGAGCCGCUGCGCUACAACGUGUGUCUGGGCUCUGCGCUGCCCUACGGGGCCACCUCCACGCUGCUGGCCGGGGACUCGGACUCCCAGGAGGAAGCGCACGGCAAACUCCUGCUCUGGUCGGGCCUCCGGAACGCCCCUCGCUGCUGGGCGGUGAUCCAGCCCCUGCUGUGUGCUGUGUACAUGCCCAAGUGCGAGAAUGACCGGGUGGAGCUGCCCAGCCGCACCCUCUGCCAGGCCACCCGCGGCCCCUGUGCCAUCGUGGAGAGGGAGCGGGGCUGGCCCGACUUCCUGCGCUGCACCCCUGAUCACUUCCCCGAAGGCUGCCCGAAUGAGGUGCAGAACAUCAAGUUCAACAGCUCGGGCCAGUGUGAGGCUCCAUUGGUUCGGACGGACAACCCCAAGAGCUGGUAUGAGGAUGUGGAGGGCUGUGGGAUCCAGUGCCAGAACCCGCUCUUCACAGAGGACGAGCACCAGGACAUGCACAGCUACAUCGCCGGCUUCGGCGCUGUCACGGGCCUCUGCACGCUCUUCACGCUGGCUACGUUUGUUGCUGACUGGCGGAAUUCGAAUCGCUACCCUGCAGUUAUUCUCUUCUAUGUCAAUGCGUGUUUCUUCGUGGGCAGCAUUGGCUGGCUGGCCCAGUUCAUGGAUGGUGCCCGCCGGGAGAUAGUCUGCCGGGCAGAUGGUACCAUGAGGCUUGGGGAACCCACCUCCAACGAGACCCUGUCCUGCGUCAUCAUCUUUGUCAUUGUCUACUACGCCCUGAUGGCUGGCGUGGUCUGGUUUGUGGUCCUCACCUACGCCUGGCAUACCUCCUUCAAAGCCCUGGGCACCACCUACCAGCCUCUCUCAGGCAAGACCUCCUACUUCCACCUGCUCACGUGGUCACUCCCCUUUGUGCUCACUGUGGCCAUCCUCGCUGUGGCCCAGGUGGACGGGGACUCCGUGAGUGGCAUCUGUUUUGUGGGCUACAAGAACUACCGAUACCGCGCUGGCUUUGUGCUGGCCCCCAUUGGCCUGGUGCUCAUUGUGGGAGGCUACUUCCUCAUCCGAGGAGUGAUGACUCUGUUCUCCAUCAAGAGCAACCACCCUGGGCUGCUGAGCGAGAAGGCUGCCAGCAAGAUCAACGAGACCAUGCUGCGCCUGGGCAUUUUUGGCUUCCUGGCCUUUGGCUUUGUGCUCAUCACCUUCAGCUGCCAUUUCUACGACUUCUUCAACCAGGCGGAGUGGGAGCGCAGCUUCCGGGACUAUGUGCUAUGCCAAGCCAACGUGACCAUCGGGCUGCCUACCAAGAAGCCCAUCCCAGACUGUGAGAUCAAGAACCGCCCGAGCCUCUUGGUGGAGAAGAUCAACCUAUUUGCCAUGUUUGGCACUGGCAUUGCCAUGAGCACCUGGGUCUGGACCAAGGCCACGCUGCUUAUCUGGAGGCGCACCUGGUGCAGGCUGACAGGGCAGAGUGAUGACGAGCCCAAACGGAUCAAGAAGAGCAAGAUGAUCGCCAAGGCCUUCUCCAAGCGGCGGGAGCUGCUGCAGAACCCUGGCCAGGAGCUCUCCUUCAGCAUGCACACUGUCUCCCACGAUGGGCCUGUGGCGGGCUUGGCGUUUGACCUCAAUGAGCCCUCUGCAGACGUCUCCUCUGCAUGGGCCCAGCAUGUCACCAAGAUGGUGGCUCGGAGAGGAGCCAUACUGCCCCAGGACGUGUCUGUCACCCCUGUGGCAACUCCAGUGCCGCCAGCAGAGCAAGCCAACCUGUGGCUGGUGGAGGCCGAGAUCUCCCCAGAGCUGGAGAAGCGCCUGGGCCAGAAGAAAAAGCGGAGGAAGAGGAAGAAAGAAGUGUGCCCACUGGGGCCCCCCGCCGAGCUGCCCCGCCCCACACUGGGCCCUGCCUCCAGUGCUGUCCCUCGGCUGCCUCAGCUGCCCCGGCAGAAAUGCCUGGUGGCUGCCGGAGCCUGGGGAGCUGGGGAGUCCUGCCGACAGGGAGCCUGGACCCUGGUCUCCAACCCCUUCUGUCCAGAGCCCAGUGCCCUCCAGGACCCAUUUCUGCCCAGUGCCCCAGCCCCCAUGGCUUGGGCUCAGGGCCGCCGGCAAUGUCUGGGGCCCAUUCACUCCCGUACCAACCUGAUGGAGGCAGAGCUCAUGGACGCAGACUCGGACUUCUGA